AUGGUGAGGGGAGUGAGGAUGUUGUGUCCUGCUUGGCUCUUGGCUCUGGCUGUUCUUUGUGCAGGAAGAUCUGAAGUCAGAGCUCAGUGUUGGGAAAACGCUCGCUGUCGAGACCUCAGCACAGAGGAGAACAUCUUGGAAUGCAUACAAUUAUGCAGGUCUGAGCUUACAGAUGAAACCCCCAUCUACCCUGGAGAAAGCCAUCUACAGCCUCCCUCCGAGCAGGAGCAAAUCGACCUCCUCGCACCCCUUUCCCCUGUCGCCCUCGCAGCCCCCGAACAGAUGGAGCCGGCGUCCGGCCCUCGAAACGAGCACAAGCGCUCCUACUCCAUGGAGCACUUCCGGUGGGGAAAACCGGUCGGCCGCAAACGCAGACCCAUCAAGGUGUACACGAACGGCGUGGAGGAGGAAUCCGCCGAAACGCUCCCGGCCGAGAUGAGACGUGAGCUGGCAAACAACGAGAUCGACUAUCCGCAAGAAGCGAUGCCUUUAAACCCGCAGACGAGGAAGGACCCCCCCUACAAAAUGACCCACUUCCGUUGGAGCGUCCCGCCGGCUAGCAAGCGCUAUGGAGGCUUCAUGAAGUCCUGGGACGAGCGUGCUCAGAAACCCCUGCUCACACUCUUCAAAAACGUGAUGCAUAAAGACCAACCGAGGAAGGACGAGUGAAUGGCUUUAAGGGGGAGAGGUUGUUAUAGGGGGAUGUUUUGAAUAUACUUUCUUCCCAGCAAACUUCUGGAUGAGAGGUUCUUAUCAUGCAUAGAAACGAAGGUGGGCAAUGUUAACAAUAGCACUUAAAUCUUGAUGAGUUUAUUCACACUGUAUUCAACAAUAAAUUCUGAAUUCUGUAUAUAGAAAUGCUGUGGUGAUUAAAUACCAGCUUAGAGGCUAAAACAGCAUUUUUAGAAUAUUUAUUGAACAUGUAUUAUACUGUACAUUUUAAAAAUGUGACAUAAAAUGAUGUUCCAAGCAGAAGAGAACAAAAUGGUUCAUUUCUGAAAAACCAACAGCUCAAAAUCACACCGCGGUUGCCAAUAAAGCUUUAA